CGACACAUUGAUCACUUUGCCAACAACAACCCAACACCGCUGCUCAAGAUGAAGUACAUCUUUUCGCAAGAGCAGCUGGUCAUUCCAGACAACGUCAAGAUCCAUAUCCGAUCACGGAUCGUCAGCGUUGAGGGCCCACGAGGAAAACUCACAAAGGACCUUUCACACAUUGCUGUCACCUUCAGUCUGCCCCCGGCCAAGAAAGGUCAGCAAAUCGUCCAGAUCGAAAUCCACCAUGGCUCGAGAAAGAACGUCGCUACCCUCCGAACUGUGAAGUCCAUCAUCCAAAACUUGGUUACUGGUGUCACAAAAGGCUUCAAAUACAAGAUGCGAUAUGUCUAUGCUCACUUUCCCAUCAACGUCAACAUUGAGAAGAACGAGGAGGGUUUGGCUCACCUUGAGAUCAGAAACUUCUUGGGCGAGAAGAUCGUUCGACAUGUCACGAUGCGCGAAGGCGUCACAGUCGAGGCAUCCAAAGGUGUCAAGGAUCAAAUUGAGCUGACCGGAAAUUCUCUUGAGGACGUCUCACAAUCAGCAGCCGAUGUCCAACAAAUCUGCAGAGUACGAAACAAGGAUAUUCGAAAGUUCUUGGACGGUCUGUACGUGAGCGAGCGGGGCAACAUUGCUGAAGAGUAGAUGGGAGUUGGACGAUGAACGAUGGAGAUAUUUUGAAUGCAUGAAAGAGGGCGUCAUCAAAGGGGAAAUAUGCUCAAGUGCAGCUCGAUGCAGCCUAGGUUUCUCCAGAGCAAGCCGUUGAAAUCCAGCGGAAGGGUUGAAUGUGCAAAAGACAAAGUUCUCAAAUUCAUCGAUUGAACUGUUACGACAAAGCCAUGGUCUCGUUAUCAUUCCACUGUUCAAGCCUUGCCUCGCUUGAUGGGGACUGGGUCGACCCCAGAUCUCCUCGUCAUCCUGCUAAUCGUUCGAUGGCAUUUGCGAGAUUUCUUUCCAUCCAGGCUGGAGGUGAAGCGGUUUACGUAGGACAUUGCUUUGGCCACGCUUCGUUUUUGACAAUUGAACCUGAC